AUGUCGUGGUGGCAGAAGAAGGUGCUGGGCUACGGCCUGCGCUAUGGCCUGUCCAAGACCGGACUGCUCGAGGACAAGGCGAUCGACAUCGACAACCUCGACAUCACCAUCGGCAAGACCAACGUCAUCGACCUGAAGGAUGUCGGCCUGAACAUCAAGCGCAUCACCAAACUCGCCCAACUCCCGCCGUGCCUGCGUCUCGAGACGGCCCGCGUGCUGUCACUCCGCCUCACCAUCCCCGCCGAUUUCUACCAGUCUAGCAUCGUGGUCGAAGUAGAUGGGGUGGAGAUUGUGGCUCAUUUGGAAGAGGAGGCUGUUUCGAACCAGCAACACGGAAAGCAGCGUGCGAGGUCACCAAAUACUGCCCGUGCGCCGCAGCACCGCAAGACGAACCGGCGGAUACCUUCACCACCGCCAUAUGACCCAGGAGGUCUGUCAGAUUCCGAGGAAGAGUUGCACAUUCCAACAACACAAGAGGUGGCAAAGUCUUUUUUGAAGGAGGAGCCAGUGAAAGAGCGUGAAGAGCUGGAAGCUGUCGUCGCAGCCAGCGCUGGUGGCGUGGAAGAGUCGUUCGUCAGCGAGAGCAGUGCGAGCGAUGACGUUGGCACUGGAGUGGGCAUUGGAGUGCCUGGCUUCUUGAGCGGCUUCCUGCAGGGCUUGGUGGAUCGAAUCAAGGUGGAAGUCCGCAAUGUGCACCUCAAGAUCGAGACCGAGAUCCAGAAUGAGGUCAGAGACAGCGUCCCUGUUGCGUUGGAGCUGAAUGUGGGAGGUGCUACGGUCGACAAGGUGCAAUCUACGGAAGUUGGACUUGUCGUCCAUCAAAAGAGAACCGUGUCUUUGCAAGACAUCUCCCUCGACAUCUUAUCCGACGACACUUUUCUGGCCGAGCUGUCGGAUUUGCCAUCACAAACGUCGAGAACGGACAGCAAAUCGCCCGGAAGGAGCCCUGCAUCUGAUCUUGGAGCCUUCGACGCCAUCCAGGCUUCAAUGAGGCCAACGGCCUCUACGCUGACUGACCGUUCUUACUCAUCUACCAGCUCCAGGUCGCCCAGCCAUGCCAUGUCGCCAUCUUUGCCACUGCCACCGCCUGCGUCGUCGUUGAAAGAUUCCACAGCGACGAUGGAUGCUGACCGUUUUGCAGACGCUAGGAGCGAUGACAAUGCCGCAGAUCAUGGAGACCCGUCGUUUUCGGCUCUUGAUAUCCGCCCUGGCGACGACAACAUCAGCUGGGGCUCACGUAGAAGCAACACCAGCGCCCCGGCAGAAGACUUGUGGAAAUCGAUGGCCAGCGAAGAGGACCUGCCAGAGUCGCUGUUGAUUCACCCAGAGCCCACCGCGCACUCGUCCCGUGGAACCAGUCCAUUUGCUUCACGACUCCGUCGCCCUGUCUCACCAUACGAUCGCACCUUGCAGUCGCCUGGGUCUUGGCCAAGAUUUGAUGAGAGCCCACAGCGGCACCGCUUGCAAACAGGUCCGGGAUCCUGGCCAAACCUUGAGCAGAGUCAGCACAGAGUAUACGAGCCUCUCGCUCAAGUACUCGCCUCUUCAAGCCACGAGAUUACGGACAACAAGCGAGACGCCCUGGAGCAGAGUCGUGCAAAUGCUGAGCAGCUGCAAAUCCCACCUGGACGUCAAGACUCUCCAAGUGACGAGAUGCUGGAGUCGAGGGUUUUCAGCCAUGAAGAAGCACAAAGCAUGUACAUGAGCGCCAUGACGGGCAGUCCUCAGAUGAAGAUGCCUGGAGGCUGGGCAUCAGAUGUACAAAGUGAGCGUUCGGAUUCUCCCGAUGCCGCACGCAAGCCAGUGCCUGAAGACAUCACCAAGUUGGAUGGAAACAUCUCCUCCAAAGACACGACGACUUCCAACCUGCCGUCUGGCAAUGCGACGCCGCGAGCGCAGACACCUGCCUUUGCGGACCCACCUGCCGCUGCAGGAGGACCAUCACAGUCUAUGGCAUCUAGAGAAUUGCUUUUCCUGGAUAGAGUGUCCAUAUCGACUCCCACAGGCCAGCAGCCGGUCGAUGAAGGUCCAGCUGUGGCACCAAACGAUCCUCGAGCGAAAUCCAGUCACUUUGGUUUCGGUACCCCUGGCGCAUUCUCUGCAUAUGCGGAGAUGAGUGGCUCGCGGAGGCGUGGUACGAAUUCUGUCUACACCACCUCACAGAGCGUGUUGUUCCCAUCACGAGAGGAGCUUAGCACUUCCAACGCUGAGGAUAGUGUCGAAGUCUCACUGGGCACACUAUCUGCUCAGAUCGACAUUCCGACGGGCCGACUGCUACAUGCAUUGUCCACGAAGGCCGCGGCUGCAGUGGAAGCUUCUCUGAAGGCGAAACCUUCGUCUAAGUCGGACACGACCACUAAGACCAAUCCUGAAUGUUCGAUCCAAGUAUCCCGCCUGCAGAUUCUCAUGUUCGAACGUCUGGACCACCCUGCAAAGUUGAAGGACUUGCCUCUUGAUCGCCAUGGCACUAUCGACAUCGUCGUGGACCACAUCGUCUUCAGACAAGCUGAGGCAACCAGUCUUCAUACACAAACCCUCAAGAUCCUCAUGGGCGGUGCAGAUUUCUUAUGCGUUGAACCCGGCAACGUCAGCGCAUCACAGGUGAACUCGAAGGACGAAUCGGCAAUUUCGGUCCGCGUGUCGAAGAACAGGUUCGACAUCAAAAAGCGAGCAGUCACGGAGGCGCAUCUACAGACUGCUCAGAUUCAGUUGGCAAUCGAUCUUGCACUGAUUGACGACACCUUUGGAUCGUUUGGUGGUCUCAGCGGCAUGGUGGAGCUGGGUAGUUCAGUCAUGUCUGAGAGUGGAACGAACUCUCCAGUGGCAUCCAAGCCUCCAUCGAGAGGUGUACGAUUCGCUGGCGAGGCAGAGACUCCAAGUUCUGAUCCUGAAAUCAAGCUCAACGGCAGACUCGGUGGUGUGGUGGUACAUCUACGCGGCCCGCGUUGCUCACUGAUGGCAAAGACGGGGACCGUGAAGGCUAUUUACCGCGAAGGUGGAUUGAGGACAACCGUAGACCAUAUCCUGCUGCAAGGGCCAUUCAUCGACGACCACACUUCUUCCCCUGCGACAAUCGACCUUGCUGGAAUUCGAGUGGAAUACUUGAACCAGCCGGUGGACACGGAUCUCGAGCGACUGCUGUCACUGCUUACACCAUCCAGAGACAAGUACGACAACGACGAGGACAUCUUGCUGGACACUUUACUGCGCCAGCGACGCAAAGGAGCACUUCUUCGGCUCAUGGCUGAUGACACCAAGAUCAGGAUAGAUAACUGGGGCUUCGUAUCAACUCUAUCUGCACUCGAAAAGGAUCUCAACAAGCUAUCUGCAGUGGCCAAGUACCUGCCAGAGGACGAGCGUCCAGGCCUUCUUACACUCGUUCGGCUCGGAACAAUUGAGGCUCGAUUGCCAGUCAACGAGCGCUUCGGGCAGGCGCAGAUAUUUGUCAAAGUACUGCAGCUUGCUCAUGUCGGAGUUCCACCACUGCUCGCAUUAUCGAUUGGAUCAGUUGAUGCCAGCCAACUGGGCGGUCCAACCCUGAUCCACCCUUUUGUACCACUCGCUGGUGCCGACAAUCUGCCCGUCAUCAUGGCCAGAAUGCUUGGAGAUGACGCGAUCAAGGUCAAGCUGUUCAAUCUCGCUCUGGAGUACAGUGUCCCGGUGAUCUUGGACCUGACGAGCAUGGACGAGGAGAAGGAGCCCACCGAAAUCGCGGCACACUUGGCACAGUCGGUUGCAAAUCUGGCGCUGAACGAAGCUGUACCGUCAUCCACUGCUACUGCAAAGAAGAUGCAGAUCGACAUCCUUGUGCACGACUCGGCGAUUGGUCUGACGCCCCAAAAGCUGCUAUCCAAAGCCAUACUGGUCCUGUCUGAUGCGCAGCUGUCGACUGCGGUGCCGCCGUCGGACUCGAUGGUAGUCAAUCUGGAGUUGCGACAGGCAUCGCUUUUCAUCACAGAACAGGUCGUAGAGGGCCCCGUGGAUCCUGCCUCACGUGGACCAGUGCCGAUAGACCAGUCGAGCAACGUCGCAAAGGCGUUGACGGAACGCAAUUUUGUGUCAAUUGGCACAAUGCGAGCCGCGAAAGUCAAGUUCGAAGCUAAAGAAGAUGACGACGAAGUGACCUCGAAGACGAUCGAAGUUGGAGUCAGUGUCAAUCUGCUCCUGCUGGAAACCUGUGCAGAUUCAACGCAGACGCUCUUCGCGACUCUGGGUGCUCUGGCACCACCGACGCCGCCCAGCAAAGAGCCCAAAUACCUCACCGAGCCGAUGCAAAUCGAAGAUCUGAUGAAAUCUUUCACUGGAGAGCCUCUGGCGGUCCCGCAGGAAGACCAUCGCCCACCUUCAGUGCUGUACGAUGCCGACAAUCCGCUUGUUGAUGAUGAUCCCCAGUCGCCUUCGAUGAGCAUUGCUGCCUCGACAUUGGACGAGGAUCUUUACCAUUCACAAAUGGCUGGCAGCCUGUACGGUCCGGGAAGUGGCAUAUUCGGCAUGGAUGCUGAUGCAGAGAACGAAAGCACAAUCGGCGAAGAUUACCCCGAGACCGCUGAGAGCCUGUUGGAAGAGGAUCCGUUCGAGAUGGCCGAAGCACCCGUGGCUCGAAUGGGCGACGCAGCGUUGGUCAGAGACCUCAGCAGACAAUGCAAGCCAGCAUUGAGCGAGGAGCCCGUCGAUCUUGGCUUGUAUGAGAUCGAGGAUCUGGGUUACGAUGCAUUGAGCGGACAGCAGGCAUUGGGAGAUGGCAAUCGCUUCAAUGCCCCAUACAUCGGCGACCGCUCCCAGAAGGGCAAAGCUCCACCCAAGGUUCCCUUCAGAUUGAAGCUUCGAGACUCUAACAUCAUGUGGCACUUGCACGAUGGCUAUGACUGGCAACGCACGCGUGAUGGCAUUGCGGAAGUGGUCGAGCAGGUUGAGCAGAAAGCAGAGGAACGCAGAGCUCGACGUCGGCAAUCUCGACAGGACCCAGAUGAUGAUGGAUCGGUCAUUGGCGACGUCCUUUUCAACUCCAUCUACAUCGGAAUUCCUGGGGACCACGACGCAGAAGAGCUCAGACGACGUAUUAAUCACACCAUCAACGAGGAUGUUAGUGAGACUGCCAGCGUGCCCGCUUCCGCACUCUCCAGACCGUCGACAACCUACUCUGGCGCCGGCCAACCUACGAGACGACAGCGCAAGCGGCUUAAGCUGGGUCGCGGUACGAGUCACAAGCUCUCCUUCGAGCUCAAAGGCAUGGCUGUAGAUGUCGUAGUACUGCCUCCAGGCGGUGAAGUUGUUAGUUCCCUCGACAUCCGCCUGCAGGACUUCGAGAUCUACGACCGAAUGCCGAGCUCGACCUGGCGAAAGUUUCUCACCCACCGAGACGAGCCCAGCAUGCGGGAGAUGUCCAAGCCGAUGUUUCACAUCAAACUGGACAAUGUCAGAACGAUCCGAAGCCACGCUGCAACCGACAUCAUGCUCCAUGUCACCGCCCUGCCGUUGAGAUUGCAUGUGGAUCAGGACGCCGAGCAAUUCAUGCUUCGCUUCUUCGCGUUCAAGGAUGAGACGGUGCCUGAAUCGGAAGCAUCAGAGGAGGAUAAGCCUUACAUCUCUCGAAUCGAAGUGGAGGACGUAGAGCUUCGCCUGGAUUACAAGCCCAAGAACCUGGAUUGGAUGGCUCUUCGAGCAGGCAAGACUUCCGAACUGAUGAAUGUCGUGACGCUGGAGGGAGCCAACAUCCUCUUGCGCCAUGCUAUUGUGCAUGGAGUAGGCGGGUUUGAUCAGCUGCACCCCAAGCUGGACGGACUUUGGACCCCGGAUGUCAUCAACAACCAGCUGCCUCGUGUCAUAUCUGGAGUGGCGGCUUUCAGAAACGUGGUCAAUGUCGGCGUUGGCCUUAGCGAAGUCGUGACCAUUCCCAUCAAAGAGUACAAGAAAGACGGCAGAUUGGUUCGAAGCAUCCAGAAAGGCGCCUAUCACUUUGGAAAGACUACCACGAGUGAGCUGGCCAGACUUGGAGCGAAGGUGGCGUUGGGCACGCAGACUUUCCUCUCCAACGCCGAAGAAUUUCUCAACCCCACCGAACCUUCCUCAUCUCGUCCUGGUGCUGGAAGUCGCCGUAUCUCUUCUCAGGACAACUGGCACGACAUCUCCGACACUGAAGAGACCGAGAAGCCUGCCGUCUCUGCCUACGCCAGCCAGCCUGUCGGUCUCAUGUCCGGCUUGCGAUCUGCGAGAAAGUAUCUUGAGCAUGACCUUCUCACCGCUCGCGAUGCCUUGAUUGCUGUGCAAGGCGAAUUCUUGGAGAGUCGAACACCCGGCAGUGCUGCCGGCGCGGUCGCGAGACACGCUCCGACUGUGAUUCUUCGGCCAGUCAUCGGUGCUUCCAGAGCCGUUGGUACGACGCUUCUUGGCGUUGGCAAUGCGGUUGACCGUGACAACUUGAGGAGAGUCGAAGACAAAUACAAGCAUCGUUGA